UGGAAACUAUCAGGCUCCAUUUGAUGAAUCUCUACUUUACCCUAUUUAGUUUAUUUGGGUCAUGGAAACUGUUGAUGCGACCACUUUUGUUUCUUUUAGUAAUUUAUAUUGAAGGAUAUACUUUUGUUAUUUUGUUCUGUAAAUCAGGAACAUAAGUUCACUAUUUUAUUUAUUUAUUUAUUAAAAUUUUAUUUAAAGAAGAAGAGGUAGAUGUUUUGUUUCUCAUCAUUAACAGCUUUUGGCAAAUGACAUAUGGCAUUUGAUUUGGCUUACUUAAGUGUAAUUGAUACUAUUGCAGGUUAAGUCAGAAAAGGUUAAGCCAUAUUUAGAGGGGCGCUGUUUAUAUGUAGUCGGUGAGUUUCUCUCAAUUUUUUCUCUCUGAGAAGGUUAUUUAGUAGUCAUUGUUGUUUGUUAAAAAUUGUGAUUUGUCAAAUGUAGGAAUGAUGGGCUCUGGGAAAACAACUGUAGGAAAGAUUUUGUCACAAGCGCUUGGAUAUUCAUUUUCCGAUUGCGACACUUUAAUAGAGCAGGAAGCUGAUGGAAUUUCGGUGGCCGAAAUUUUUAAGCUCCAUGGAGAGGGCUUCUUCAGAGAUAUGGAGACGGAAGUACUGCGUCAGCUCUCAUUAAUGCGCUGUGUUGUUGUUUCUACUGGUGGAGGUGCAGUUGUUCGUAAUAUCAACUCGGUAUGUUCUAGAAAUUUAUUUUCCUCUUUUGUUAGUGUAGUUGAUCUCAGUUACUCAUGUUACUGAGUAAUAAAUUAACUCAUUAUUAUUUUGGUGUAUCAGGAAAUAUAUGCAGAAAGGUAUUACUGUUUGGCUGGAUGUGCCUUUGGACGCAUUGGCUCAAAGAAUUUCUGAUGUUGGAACUGGUUCACGUCCCCUUCUGCCUAAUGAAUCAGGCGAUAUUUACUCCAAGGUACAGUUAAGAAGAAUUUUUUUCUUCUUUCAUAUUCCUCUGAAGAAUUAGGAAUUUCUUGAAAUGCUAGGGAUCAUAAUUGGCCACGCAAAAUAGUUUUCUCACGAAUUCGAAUUUGGUGUCCUUUCAGACUUUCAUGCGCUUGAAAUUUGAUAGAUAGAUUUUUCUGUUUUUCUGU